CUACGUGAGAGCAAAUCCAAUGUCCCUGCAUUAGGUGCUCAAUGUCACUGCUGUACUGUAUGUAUACAGAAAGGCCUAUAAAAGGGAAAAAAUCAAUACAUUUAAAGUAUUGGUUAUUACAUAGAAUAUAUUCAAUUGUCAGGGUGAAUUGUAUCUGAAAUUUUAUUAAGUACACAGGAAAAUGUAUUAAUAAAGGCCACUGAAUUAGUUGUUAUAGCAAUACUUAUGUCUCUAAAAUAAAUCUGCAAUCUACCAAUCUAUCUAUAAAUCCAUACAUUUGAUUUAAAGUGUUAAUUUAAAGAUGCCUGCCCACCUGCAGUCUACCAUCUGCUCUGUCUUAAAUCUGAUCAAGCCCCAUCUCAUGCCCUGCCAGAGGUGUGAUUAGGUGGCUAAUGCCGUUACGUGCAUCUGCUGGGUAAAAUUUCUACUCAAACCCUUCACUGGAUUUUCAGCAGGUGUGUGUGUUUGUGUUUGCUCUAGUGUCUACCAUGUGCUUGAGAGUAACUAGCUCCUUACUGAAAAAGAGUAUGUUGCUGUACUUCGUACCUCAGAUGGUUUCACCGAGAAAUGUAGAGAGAAAUGAUAUUGCAGAAAACUCCAGGUCUGAAACUGUAGCACAGGAACAGAUAAUGGAAAAUCACGAUCAUCUGAUUCGGCCCAAGAAACCGUCGAACCCUGUUCUAGAGUCACCGAGGCACCGAGUCCUGCACCGAGAACUUCGAGUCAGCCACAGAUGGGGGCUGUUGCCUGCUGAGAAGUGUGAGCUGCAGAGGGUGAUGGAGCAGAGGAGGCUGGAGCAGCAGCGGGAAAGAGAACAGGCUCAGAGGCCCCUCUCUGAUCUGGACCAGCAACUGAGUAGGAGACGACAGAGAUUACUCGCGUAUGAACUGGAAGAACAGAAGAGACAAGAGGAUCGGCAGAACGUACCAGAAUUCGUGCGUGUGAAGGACAACCUGAGACGUGUCUGCGUGUCGGAAAAUGAAUCCCGAUCGUUUGGACUUCGUUUGCAAUCAUCGUAG